CAUGGUGGAGAAUGUCUGAAUCUCUGGACGUCAUUUGAAAGGGACCCUGGCUUUGUGCCAGAAUAUUUUUGUUCAAAUCAUAUUCUCAUCUUAGUCAAUCAUCCCAAUUAUACGUUCAAUUCACGAGAACAUUACUGUUUAUUCAUUGGUAAAACACAUUUGUUUGUUCUUCCGUGUAAGCGUUGCUGUCGUCUUAGUUACGCAUCUUUCCGAUACCCAUUUGCAUUAUCGUACACAAACCAACCCAAUUGACUUGGCCAUCUCUGCAACCUCCGGGAUCGAAGUUCGAAUAUUCUAAAUGAGAGGCAAUAAAUCCAACCUUUAGGAUAUCCCUCGAGAGCAUACCUCCAGUGAUCCACAGGUAGAGCACAAAAAUAGUAUGAAUAAUUUCGAGGGAGUUGCCUUUUGCUCUACUCGAAUCGACCCAAUCUCACAAGUCCAGUUCGCCGACUACUCCAAGGUCAAUUACAUGAAUCAAUUUGACUCUGAUGACGAGGCUGCUCAGCAUAAUGAACACAUAGUAGAUCACGAGCCCAACGGCGGUGCCGGCGACGUAGGCGAAAGCUCGUCACCGAGUCCCGUUGGGCAGACGAAUACUGAUGCUGAGUGGCCUGACGACGAAUGGGGCGCUCCCAGUUCUAGCACCAAGAAGAAGAACCGCAAGGAUAAGAAAAAGAAGAAGCAGUUUAUAGAAGAAGACCAAGUAACAGAAAAGCCUCAGUCACCUGCUAGCUCUGCACCAGAUACUGAAGAGUUCAAACUUGAUGUUCCUGCUUCUGCCGAUGGCCCCAAAGACGACGACGAGGGGAGUGGAUUAUCGUCGCCGACUAAAAAGUCGAAGAAGGCAAAGAAAAGCUCCAAGAAGAAGGCGGGAACUACUUCUAGUCCAGCGCCAACCAGUGAAGAGCCUAAAGAAGACACACCUGUUACGGCGGAUCAACCAGAUCCUGAACGACAACCUCCUGUGGAUGCGCCCAAGGACGACGAGGAUGAGUCGCACACAUCUGGUAAAAAAUCAAAGAAGAGCAAAAAGGGUUCCAAGGUGAAGAUCGAAAAGGAAAAGGAAAAGUCAGACAAAGCCAAGUCUGGGGGAAAGAAGACCAAGAGUGUUUCUUUUGCAGACCCCCCUGCUGAAUUUAGAUCAGAGGAGACCGACAAAGACCCCGCUGACAAGUCGGGAAGCAGCCCGCCCCCAGUGGAGGAACCAGCCAGUGAUGCCAACAAGGAAGUUUUAGAGCCGUCAGGCGAGUCAGCUCCCACAGACCAAACACCGCCAGCAGAGAGCAGUGACAACAAAGAGGACCGCUCGCUCCCAACUGAGCCGGCUGCAGAAUCUGCCCCCGAACCCGGUCCUGAACCAACUCCGGAGGCAGCAGCAGAGUCAGCAGUAGAGCCAGCACCUGAACCAGCAGCAGAGCCAGCAGUAGAGCCAGCAGUAGAGCCAGAAUCAGAGCCAGCAUCUGAGCCGGCACCUGAACCAGCAUCUGAGCCGGCACCUGAGCCAGCAGUAGAGCCAGAAUCAGAGCCAGCAUCUGAGCCGGCACCUGAACCAGCAUCUGAGCCAGCACCUGAGCCAGCAGCAGAGCCAGCAGUAGAGCCAGCAGUAGAGCCAGCAGUAGAGCCAGAAUCAGAGCCAGCAUCUGAGCCGGCACCUGAACCAGCAGCUGAGGCAGCACCUGAACCAGCAUCAGAGCCAGCAUCUGAGCCGGCACCUGAACCAGCAUCUGAGACAGCACCUGAGCCAGCAGUAGAGCCAGAAUCAGAGCCAGCAUCUGAGCCGGCACCUGAACCAGCAUCUGAGCCGGCACCUGAGCCAGCAGUAGAGCCGGAAUCUGAGCCAGCAUCUGAGCCGGCACCUGAACCAGCAUCUGAGACAGCACCUGAGCCAGCAGUAGAGCCAGAAUCAGAGCCAGCAUCUGAGCCGGCACCUGAACCAGCAUCUGAGCCAGCACCUGAGCCAGCACCUGAGCCAGAAUCAGAGCCAGCACCUGAGCCAGCACCUGAGCCAGAAUCAGAGCCAGCAUCUGAGCCAGCACCUGAGCCAGCAGCAGAGCCAGCAGCAGAGCCAGCAGCAGAGCCAGCAGCAGAGCCAGCAGCAGAGCCAGCAGCAGAGCCAGCAGCCGAGCCAGCAGCCGAGCCAGCAGCAGAGCCAGCAGCCGAGCCAGCAGAAGAGCCAGCAGAAGAGCCAGCAGCCGAGCCAGCAGAAGAGCCAGCAGUAGAGCCAGCAGUAGAGCCAGCAGCAGAGCCAGCAGCCGAGCCAGCAGAAGAGCCAGCACCUGAGCCAGCAGUAGAGCCAGCAGAAGAGCCAACAUCUGAGCCAGUAGUAGAGCCAGCAUCUGAGACAGCAGCAGAGCCAGAACCUGAGCCAGCAGCAGAGCCAGCAGCAAAGCCAGAAAUGAAACCCGAGAAAACACAGUCAACCACGGAUGAGAGCCAAAAAGACGACGGCGUACCUGCUGAAACCUUGAGCACAGAGCUGAUCGCCUCAGACGCUCUUAGUUCUAAUGAUACCGCCCCUACGCAAGAGAAAGAAAGCUCAGAUGCCGACGAACCCGGCCGAGAGCCCAGCAAUAAUGAGUCGGUUGACAGCUCCGAUCAAGACAUAGUUUUCGAAAGUGACAACAAGGUCGAAGAGGCAUUAGCACCGACCGCUCAGCCUGAUGCACUUGAAAACAGCACUAUCGAUACCGACUCGGAUCUGGGUGAUACUGCUGAUUCCAGUCCUGUUGAUCAACUUCUGGGCGACAAUGCUGUUAUAGAUAGCAUGCCUGACUCUGCAGACUCUGCAGAGUCGACCAAUGAAGUUUCAGAGCAUGCGGAUGGUGACGCUGGACAUCCUGAAGACUCCCAGGAAGACGGUCCUGAUAUGUCUGAUAAGGAUGUUGUUGACAGCUCAUCGCAAGAUCUCUUGAAGCCAGAAGAGAGUGUAGCCGAAGUAGCGGUUAAAGAAAAUGAGCCUGCGGGCGCUGACGAUAUUGACAUUGCUCAAUCAGAUGUUGCUGCAGCGCCCCCAGAAAAUGCUGCCACGGUGGAUACGGCCAUAGAAGACGCUCUACCAACCACCAAGUCGAAUAUUGCGAACGAAGAAUCUCCGGCAACUGAUAUUCAGCCUCAAAUUGAGAACAGGCUUGAGACUGCCAGUCCUGACAUUCCAAUCGAUGUGGACGAGGAUUCGGUAAAAGGUUCGGAUCAUGCGCAAGAGAGUUCGGACACUGUCGAUCCGAUUGUUGAUGAGGCCUCAACAGACUUGAAGAAGAGUGUUAGCGAUGAACAGCUAGAAGGAGGCGACUCCGAUGCAGAGACACCAACGAAUGCGGAAAAAGGCACCGAUGGUAGUGAUCACGAUACCCCUGUUACUGAAACGGAGCCUGAAAUAGCCGUCAGCGACGAAGUGGGCGAAGAGGAGCCUGCACCCACUGCUGAAGUCCCCAUUACUGAGCCUGAAGCUGAUGAAACUGGCGAAGUGGACGAAAAUGACACAGCCAAAACAAAACCUGAUGCUCAAAGUCAGGAGCACUCGGCUGUUACCGAGACCCCCGAUCAUACGCCACUCCCCAGCAAAGAGGUUACAGAGGAGCAAAAUAGUGCCGAAGUCGUUCAAAUCGAGAAUGAUGGCAAUCUAGCCUCCACAAACGACACAGAGGAGUCAUCAGAACCAUCAGAAGAAGAGGAGCUUGAGAAGGAGUCCGAGGAGACUGGUCCACCGCCUGAAGCAGAAGCAGUGGUCAAAGAGAAUGAUACUCGAGCUCAAUCAGAUGCACCCAUUCCCGAGGCCGAUGUUAACGAAAACUCGAAUGACAGCAUGCCAAGCCCUUCAGAACUCGGGAAGGGCGAAGCAGACCUGCCAAAUGGAGAAGUCAGCGAAAAAGCUGCGACCGAGCCUGCAGAUGUGGAUGUUAAUGAGCCACAAAAGGACGAAGAAUCAGGCGACGCUAUUAAGAACUCUGACGGCCAGCCCAUAUCUUCUCAGGAAACAGAGGUUUCUGACGCUCCCGUUCCGACCGGUAAUGGUGAUGAUACUGGACUUGAAGAGACCUUCGACACUUCAGCUCCUGAACCGGCGCAGGAAGCCAGUGAGGAGCCCUUGGCAGCCGAAGUGGAAGAGAAGGAGCCAUCUUCAGUGGUCGAGUCGGAGCAGGUUGAGCAGCCCGACGAAGGUACAACGUCAGACGAUGCUCCAGCUGUUGAGCUGGUCUCAGAAAGCUACCCUAACGAAGAAAACGACACAGGCGAUCGGCAAGAUUCUCAUAAUACUCCCGAGAAGGAAGACACUUCUGUAGCUGAAGAGAACUCCAAAGAUGCUGCACCGGCAGAAUCUGUCGAGGAGAUAGAACCAAAUGCUGAGAUAUCUGACACAGAAGGCACCGGUCCAAACGAUCAGGACAUGGCCGUCGAAACCACCCAGCCAGAGAACGAAGUUGCCAGUGCCGAAGCAGAUGCAGAGCAGGCCGAUACCACCAUUCAAGAGCAACCUGCCGACAUCUUGACCGAAUCUACCGAGGACGCUGGCAAACAGGUAGAACCUAUCAGUGAUGAGGCAGUUGCAACCCCAAUUGGGGACUCGACAGCAUCAGAAUCGACAGCGAGAGACGAUAAAGAAACAGACGAAUCUUCCGAAAGUGAGCCAACUGCCGCCGAAACGGAGGCAGAAGCAGAAGCUGAGACAAAGGAUAUACCAGAAGAGGCUACAGAGACGCCGGCGGAGGCUCCUGCUGAGACAGCGGAAGUGACUACUGCAACGGGAGAAGAUGACGCGUCUAAUGAGAAGCAAGUCGAGGAGCAGCCCACUAAUCAUGGCGAAUCCUCAAUCCUACCGUCUGAUCCCGCUGAGCCAGAGAGUACUGAGGUCGUGGAAGAAGAAUCGGAAAAAGAAGUUACUAGUGCCAGCAAUCAAUCUGAAACUGCAGCUGAUACUGUUGACUCAGCGUCCGCCUCAGAUGGCAUCCACGGAGCAAAGGCCACUGUCACCGAGGAUGUACCUAUUGUUGAGGCUGCUGUGCCGAUUGCUGAAGAGGCUAAAAAUGUCGAUACCGAAGCGGCAGAGCCGCAAGAAGCCUCUCCUGGUACGGUCCAUGAGAUAGCUGAGGAGCAGGACUCAGCCAACAAGCAUGAAGGCGUUGAUGUUGAAGCACCUGCAUCAAAGGAUAUCGAUCAGCAGUCUGAUAAGGUUGAUGAAGAGGUUGGAGAUGACUCCGCUAUAGACCUUGGGAAGGAGGAGUUGGAAAUUGAGUCGCAAAUCAUUGAAGAAGCUUCCAAAGAAGAGCCUGAGCCCACUUCUGAGGCAAUAAGCGAAGGACCAGCAGCCGCAGAGCUACUCGCUGAUAAGCCUGCCGUUGAUGGACCUAUCGCUGACGAGCCAGUCGCAGAAGAGGCGGCAGUGAAGGAGCUUGUGACUGGAGCUCAAGAGCCAGACAAUAACUGGCCCGUCGCUGACGAGCCAGCUACAAUUGAAGAGCCAACUGCGGUCGAAGCACCAGCUGCGGUUGAAGCACCAGCUACAGUUGAAGAACCAGCUACAGUUGAAGAGCCAGCUGCGGUCGAAGCACCAACUGCAGUCGAAGAACCAACUGCAGUCGAAGAACCAGCUACAGUUGAAGAACCAGCUGCAGAAGAAGAACCAGCUGCGGUCGAAGCACCAACUGCGGUCGAAGAACCAACUGCAGCCGAAGAACCAACUGCAGUCGAAGAACCAGCUACAGUUGAAGAACCAGCUGCAGAAGAAGAACCAGUUGCGAUCGAAGAACCAGCUGCGAUCGAAGCACCAGCUGCAGAAGAAGAACCAGCUGCAGUCGAAGAACCAGCUGCAGUCGAAGAACCAGCUACAGUUGAAGAACCAGCUACAGUUGAAGAACCAGUUCCAGUUCAAGAAGCACGUAUAGCUGAGGAGGCAGCCGUCGAAGCGCCAGUCGUCAAUGAAUCAGCCGCUGAGGAGCCUGCGGCGAAUGAACCGGCAGCCAAACAAUCAGUUGCCGUGGUCGAUGAGUCAACUAACGAAGCUGCAGUCACAGAGGUGGAGAAACCUGCUGCCGAUGUAGAAGCUAUGGAAACGACAGAAAAAACUGUUGAUGUUGUCGAUACGAAACCUUCGUAAUGCCGAAGAGGCAACAGCAGUUGAUGUGGCUCCAGAGCCCGAAGCUACGUCUGCUAUCGAGGUGGCCACACCU